UCGAAGCCAAAGAACAUGGCGUGGCCACGCGCCUUCGUGUGACACUUACGCCUUCGCCACACUCCCCCCUAUUUCCUCUCUCUUCUGCCCUAAUUUUAAUUCCAUCCCCAAAAUUAAAACUGUUCCGUUUCUCAUUUCUACUAAUUCUCGUGUUUUUCUUUUAAUUAAAAAUAAUGAACUUUCUCCUUUCACCUUGAUUCACGACACAAAAGUAUUUUUCGAAAUUUCCAAUUUCCUUCAGAAUCGUUUCACACCGAGUCCACCACAACGUGGGAAAUUCUGUUGCUGGAGGAGUGUGUACGAGCUUAGUUAGUUGGUUUUGUUAUAAGUGGAAAUGGGAUCUGAGAAUCAGACUCCGAUGACUGAGACUUCAAAAAACAGGUCUUCUGGUAAAACAAACCAGGGGAAAGUCCCUAAGAGGAUCCACAAGGCUGAAAGGGAGAAAAUGAAGCGGGAACAUUUGAAUGAGCUCUUUCUUGAUCUUGCCAAUGUACUUGAUCUAAAUGAGCAGAACAACGGAAAGGCUUCUAUAUUGAACGAAACUGCUAGGCUGCUAAAGGACUUGCUCUGUCAGAUUGAGUCCCUCAAGAAGGAGAACUCAUCUCUAUUGUCUGAAUCUCACUAUGUUACCAUGGAGAAAAAUGAGUUAAAGGAGGAGACUGCCAGUCUAGAAACUCAAAUCGAGAAACUUCAAGUCGAGAUACAAGCGAGAGUAACUCAGUCUAAACCUGACCUGAAUGCACCUCCCCACGUGGAAAUUGAGCCACCGGAGCAGGCAAAUUUUACGGGGCAGAGUCUCCAAUUCCCUCCCAUGGAACCCAACUUGCAGCAAGGACCUGCAGUUUUUGUUGUCCCCUAUCGCCCUGGUUUCCAAGCUGCUUUCUCAGCUCCUACCGUCGCUGAGGUCACUCCAAAACCUUCAUCUGCCAUCAGUAAACCGCAUGCCCGGUAUCCAACGCCAGCAGAUUCAUGGCCUUCAUUGCUGCUUGGACAGCAACCAACCUCAAGUUGAACAGGUUAAAACUAAGAGUGUUCACAGUUUCCGUAUGGAAAUCCUUAAACCAUGGUAGGGGAAACCAAUUGUAGAGUCCAUAGUUUCAGUGUUGGUAUAACCUGCCAAGUAAAUUUCCCAAUAGAUAGCUACGCUGCUCUGGAGGGUUAAUGUAUAUGUUAAUUAUAUAUGUGAAAAUGGUCUAUGAGAAUUUUACUCGCUUCUGUUAUUCCUUUAUAACCUUUGGAACUUUUGAGUAGAAGCUGGUUCCUUUUCCAUUUCCUUUC